UAGAGGGAGGGGGAUUAAUAUAGAAGAACUAGAGAAAAAAAGAAAAAUCCUCAAAUUCAUUUAACAUACUUCUAUAGUCUCUCUAGAUCAAGAAGGAGGACGAGGAGGAGAAGAUCAAUUAGCAAUAAAUAAGAGAAGGGGUGAGAUGGGGAGCCCUCCAUGUGGUAAUAAAGUAGGAGUGAAGAAAGGACCUUGGACUCCUGAAGAGGAUAUAAUCUUGGUUUCCUACAUCCGAGAACAUGGUCCUGGCAAUUGGAGGGUUAUUCCUACCAACACUGGACUGAUGAGAUGCAGCAAGAGCUGCAGGCUGAGAUGGACAAACUACCUGAAGCCAGGGAUCAAGCGUGGCAACUUCACAGCGCAAGAGGAGAAGCUCAUCAUCCAUCUCCAAGCUCUACUUGGCAAUAGAUGGGCAGCUAUUGCUUCAUACCUCCCAGAGAGAACUGACAAUGACAUCAAGAACUAUUGGAACACCCAUCUCAAGAAAAAGCUCAAGAAACAUGAGAGUACCAGACAUGACAAUAAUUCAAGCAAUCACCAACAGAAAAACUCCAAAGGGCUAUGGGAGAGUAGACUGCAAACUGACAUUCAAAAGGCUAAGCAAGCUCUACAUGCAGCAUUGUCCUUACACAAGCCUGAACCCACGAUUGAACUCAAACCAACCACCGAUUCCUUGUUAAACUCAGUCUCAACGUCAUCGAUGACUACUUAUGCGUCGAGCACUGUGAAUAUUUCCAGGUUGCUACAGAACUGGAAGAGAAAUUCACCAGCAGUCAAAAAUGAGGCUAACAGUACUAACUCUUGCUCCACUCAGCACUCCACCAGCAAUCCGGUGGACUUGGUGGCCUUUUUUGAUUCUGCGACGCCGGAGAUGUCGGAAGAGAUCAAGGGGAGCACAGAGCAGGGGAAGAUGCAACUGGAGUUGUUUGAGACUUGGCUGUUUGAUGAGGAGGAGGACUUGAUUAAUGUUAACUGGGAGUUAGAUCAGUUCUAAUAGAGUUUAAGAUCAAGUGGUCUACUUAAAAACAAAAUUAAGAAAUUGUAAAUUACAAAGUUUAUUUUUUAGAUAGUAGUAUCAUCAUUUAAAGGUUAUUUUGUUAUGUGGGAAUAUAUAAUGAAGUAUUUGUAUGAAAAUUUCUAUAUUUCAUUUUAGUUUUAAGGAGGCUAUAUGUGUAACUUGGUGAGUUAUCACAUAUAUGUUUCAAGUCUACUUAACCUCCAACGGUAAUCUAUGUAUCCAAAGA